AUGAAAAACCAAAUAUCCAGGGUCUCCGAUCAAUUCGUGAACUCCUUUUGGCGUGUCGCCUGUUGGCUCUGGGAGACCAUCGCGCUCAUCCUAAUUAUCAUAGUUGAUUGCUUAGCGAGGUUAAUCGAACUAAUAUUCGUGACGAUGAAAUUAAUAUUUCAGGUGAUCUGGUUCUUCAGGGAUUUAUGUAUCGGUGCGAUGCAAACGUUCGCCAAUGUUUUUCGAGGAAUCGUUAAUGUCAUUAACAGUAUUAGUUGUGACGACGUCGAAGACUUUGCCUCCGCUUGCAUCGUCGUUGUCUUAUGCUUCGGAGCCGUCAAAAUGUUUAUGGAUCUCCUCAAGAAGAAUCCCCACAUGAAGUUGUUGAAUAUGUUUGGACAACGCGUGACGCAGAGCGGUAAUAAUAACAAUUCGACAGUGAGGAGUCACGGCCAGGAUACGUGUCCCUCCAAGAGGAAGUCGCGCCGAAAGCUAAAGCAACGAAAUAAUAGACGAUAUUGA